AUGGAGCUCAGGAGUGUACCGAAGCACCUGUCGGCAGGCCCACCUCCAACAACAACAACAACAAAGUCACAUUCUGCCUCCACCUCAUGGACACAUACCCCUACCCCUUCGACUACAUACCCUUCCCACCGCUACAACGAGUUCAACGAGUACAAUGAAAAGCAGAGCCUCGAGUACAUCGAACAGCCUCCUAUCAACCUUGACGAGGAUGAGGGUGUUUCGCCGAUUGAAGAAGUGCGAGUAACUGUUUCCAGCAGCGAUGACCCAAGUUUACCCUACAACACUUUUCGGAUGUGGUUCCUCGGCCUCAUCUUCACCGCUAUCAUCGCCUUUGUCAACCAAUUCUUCUACCUUCGCCAGACCCAAAUCUCGAUAGGCUAUCCCGUAGUCGCACUCGUCUCCCUCCCACUAGGCCAUAUGAUGGCCAAAUGUCUCCCCACCCGUCAAUUCAGGAUUACUCUUGUACCGUUCACACGUAUCGGGUUCUCGUUCACGCUCAACCCGGGUCCGUUUUCGAUCAAGGAGCAUAUCUUGAUUGGGACCAUGGCUGCUUGUAAUGCCAAUACUGCGUAUGCGGUUGAUAUUGUGAUCUUGCAGAAGAUCUUUUAUGGAGAAGAGCAGCCUUUUGUCGCGGGGUUGUUCCUCGUGUUGACGACCCAGGUGACGGGUUUCGCAAUGGCUGGCGCGAUUAGGAGGUUCUUGGUGAGGCCGGCGGAUAUGGUAUGGCCCUCAACACUGGUCACCGCUUCCUUAUUCAGGAGUCUGCACGCCAGCAGCACGGGCAGCAGCAGCUCGGAUCUGGAAAACGCAGGACGCAUGUCGAGGAUGAAGUACUUCCUCCUCGUCACCCUCGGCUCCUUCAUCUACUACUGGUUCCCAGGAUUCAUCUUCCCUACCAUCGGCGUCAUCUCCUGGAUUUGCUGGAUCAACCCCCAAAGCGCGGUCCUUGCACAACUCACGGGGUCACAGGGACUUGGAAUUGGAACUAUCGCGUUGGAUUGGUCGGCGGUCUCGUAUAACUUGCAACCGUUGGUCACCCCUUGGUUUGCGCAGCUCAACAUUAUGCUUGGAUUUAUUUUCUUGACGUAUAUUCUUGUCCCUUGGGCGUACUACACCAACCUCUGGGACUCGAAAAAAUACCCCAUUCUUUCUUCCAACUCGUUCCAGCAGAAUGGGUCGAUUUACAACGUCUCGGCAGUGCUUGACAGUAAUGGAUUUCUGGACGAGGAGGCGUACAGGAUCUAUGGCCCACUCCGGAUCAGCGGCUUCUUUGCUCUCACCUACGGAGUCGGAUUCGCAGCCCUGACAGCAACCAUUAUCCACACAAUAUUGUACCACGGCAAGGAGAUUGUCCAACGCUGGAAAUCUGCUGCGAGCGGUCGGGAGGAUGUCCACUCCCGCUUGAUGAGCGCCUACCCCGAAGUCCCCGACUGGUGGUACGGUUUACUAUUCGUCGUCAUGGUCACCCUCAGUUUCAUAACGACCGUCAAGUACGAGUACAUGCCCUGGUGGGCCCUCAUCCUCGCCCUCUUCAUGGCCGCCAUCUUUAUCAUCCCCGUCGGUAUCCUCCAAGCCGUGACGAACCAGCAACCUGGCCUGAACAUCGUCACCGAGUACGUGAUCGGAUACCUCCUCCCCGGCCGCGCCAUCGCCAAUGUCACCUUCAAGACCUACGGCUACAUCGUCAACGUCCAAGCCCUCAAUUUCGUUUCAGACCUCAAACUGGGCCACUACAUGAAAGUCCCACCCCAAAGCAUGUUCCUCGUCCAACUCAUCUCAAGCGUCAUCUCCUGUACAAUCAACCUCGGCACCGCAACCUGGUUGAUGAACACCCAACCCAACCUCUGCACCCCACAAGGCGCACCCUUCACUUGUCGCGCCACAAACACCUUCUACUCAGCCUCCGUCAUCUGGGGCGCCAUCGGCCCCGCCCGCGUCUUUGGCCACAAGGACGGCGCCCUCUACUCCUCCGUCCAACUCGGUUUCCUCAUCGGCGCCCUCCUCCCCCUAAUCUUCUGGGCCGCAAGCAAACAGUUCCCAAAGGCACAAUGGCUCAAACUCGUCCACUGGCCCGUCCUCUUCACCGCAACCUCCAACAUGCCCCCAGCCCUCCCCUACUUUUACUCGAACGGACUCGUCAUCGGAUUCGUGUUCAUGUUCCUGAUGAGACGGUAUCGGUACCGCUGGUGGUCGAGGUACAACUACCUGACCUCUGCAGCACUCGACACGGGCGUCGCACUUGCGGGGAUGGUUAUCUUCUUCGCGUUCGAGAUGUGGAACAUCAAGAUGCCCUAUUGGUGGGGCAACCCCGACCCUAACGCUACCGAUAUCAAUGCUGCAGCAAUGGACCACUGUGGCCUCGGCCGUCGUCCCCUCGAGCCAUAG